AUGACAUCACACACAGAGAAGAGUACCGCAGAAGAAGACUCUGAUAUUAUUGAGUUCUUAAACCGUAAGUUGGCAAAUCUUUCAGUGGCAUCUGAUGCAGCAGAAGUAUUAGGGAAAAACGAUGACGGCUUGCCAGUUUGUGAAGUAUCAAUGCUGUUACCUCAAUAUGCGCAAGCUGUUUAUAAUGCACUUCGUUCUCCAGUGCGACAGUUACGACUUGCUGCAGUUGUAAGAUUACGAAAAUAUCUAUCUUUGCAAAAUGUUGAUGAAAGAGUUGAUAAUGUCUUGGCGUUGGAAAUAAUACCAUUAUUGAUAGAAUUUCUCGAAUGUUAUCACGAUAAUUUAUUACAAUAUGAAACUGCCUGGAUAAUUACUAAUAUAGCCGCUGGUUCUACGCAGCAUACACAAGCCUUAGUCGCUGGUGAUGUAACGCAACACCUUAUCAAAGUUCUUACCACGUCAACGAAUAUCGAAGUUCAGACGCAGAUUAUAUGGGCAUUAGGCAAUAUUGCCGGUGAUGGUGCCGUUUUCAGAGACAUUAUAUUAUCGGCUGGAGUGAUCGAACCUUUACUCUAUAUUUUAACACAUUACGAUAAAUACGACUACAUGGCCGUUAGGAUAACAGUCUGGGCAACCGCAAAUAUGUGUCGUGGAUGUCGCUGUUCGGAUCCUUCAUGGUCUUUGAUUACUCCUGCUUUUCCAAUUUUGGGUAACAUGGUACAAUUGAACGAUAUCGAAAUUAUAUCUGAUGCUUGUUGGGGCAUGUCGAGAAUUUUGAAUGGAACGCAUAAGCAUAGAGAGCAUGCUUUAGUUAGUGACAGCACACUAUGUCAUCGAUUAGUGCAACUUCUGAGUGAGGAGAGUCUUACGUCUACUGUACAUUUACCUGUAUUGCGAACUUUAAAACAAACGCAGUCAGUUAUCGAUGCUGGUGCAUUGACCAUUUUGACAUCAUCAUUUUUGACAACGAAAAACUUGACACUACGUCGUGAUGCAUGUCUAGCGGUUUCCAAUGUGGCUGCUGGUACAUAUAAACAGGUAAAUGCUGUCCUUACAGAACCUAAUCUAAUAGAGAGUAUUGUCGCUUUACUUUGGGAUAGCGACAUGAAAGUGGUUAAAGAAGCUUGUUGGGUUCUUAGUAACUCUACUAGUUUACAUAAUCCUGGCCAUAUUCAAAUCAUCCUUCAACAUGAUAUUAUAUCACCUACUCUCCAUCAUUUACGCAAUCCAGGAACUCCGCAUGAAAUCUUGAAUAAACUUAUCGAUACAUUAGUUAAUAUCCUCUCAGUUGGUGAUUUGUCAGGUCCAAAUUCAUCACAGAUAUUGGCUAAUGAAUACGCUGACAAAUUAGCAUCUGCAGGAAUAGUAGAAGCAUUGAUUAUGACAUGGAAUAAUUCUUCAGUAAACGAAAUUGUAAAAGAGAAAGUACGUGCAUUAUUAGAACGGUGGUUUUGUGGAUAUUUACCACGAAAUAAUCAAAGUAGUGGUGAAAUUGAAGAAGAUAUUGCGUCAAUUGAAGAACGUGUUUCAAGAUUGACCAUCAUGGGUGGUGUUUUUUAG